AGGAGGAGGAGGAGGAAGAAGAAGAUGAGGAGUCGCCGCCGCUGUCGCCACAGCAGCAGCAAUGCGCGAAGAUCGUGACGCAGCUCGUGGAACCGCCGCUGUCGCCGUCGAGGAUGCCGCGGUGGAACCUCCGGUGCAUGUGGGAGUUGGCUUCGGUGCUCAAUUUUUUGCAUCUGUUUAGGCCACUUUUGAAUAUCUCACUUGAAUUUUCUGCUGAAGAGUUCGAGACUGCACUUCUUACUCCCAAUGACACUUUGAGUGAUAUACAUAUGCCUUUGCUUAAGGCAAUCCCUCCUAUUAUACGCAUGGCACUCACACGUGAUACUUGGAUAACUGUAUUAUGCAGAAAAUUGAGAGAUUGGUGGCAUUGGGUUGCUGAUGGGGAUCUUCCAAUUGUUGCUUCACAUGGGACGGAAAUUGAAGUAUAUAAAUCGCUUGAUCCAGGGGUUCGUCUUGUGAUCUUAAAAGCAUUAUGUGACAUUCGUGUUGAGCAAGAAGAUAUCCGGAAUUAUAUUGACAACUCCCUCAAACAUGGUGUUAAACUCUCAACAUUUCGUAAAGAGCGAAUUGGAGGUGAUUCACAUGGAAUUUCUUAUUGGUAUGAAGAUGACCCAGUUGUUGGUCAUAGGCUGUAUCGAGAAACAAGAAAAACUGAAGUGAUUCAAAUGAAGAAAGGGAAACCAAGAGGUUCACUGGUUCUUUCUAAUACAUCAUACCAGUGGGAAUCUGUAGCUACCAAUUUUGAUGAAUUUCAAGAUGUUUCUGAGAAGCUUUUCUCAAGUAAAAACAGGACAGAGAUCUCUGUGGGGAAAAAGCUAAAGAUAGACAUGCUUCCUGAAAUUGAGAAAGUCCAUAAGAGAAAGGAAAAGUUGCUGAAAAAGCAACAGAGAGAGGCCCUUCUUCUUGAUAAUUACAUGAUUGCUGAUGGUCUUGCUACCGGACGUUCACUGCGUUAUAGGAAGCCUGUUACCUACACUUUCGAUGAUUAUGAUAAGUCCAUAAAUGAGGCAAUCAAAGAAACCAAACGGAAACAACCAUCCCCAGAAUCCAUGCCCAAGAGAGAGUUGGUAGCAAAACCGGAAGCUUUUAGUAAUGGUAAAUGGAGUGGUCCUUCACAUUCCCCUCAAAAUCUGGAUUUUGGUUGGUCAUCUCCAAAAUCACCUUACUCUGAUGAUGAUGAGGAAGACCAUAUAACGGAUCCACUUGAUCGAACAAAUCGUCGAAGACAGAGACCGAAGCGGUAUUCAGAUAAAGAGUUCCUUGAUCCUGUAUCAGAUAAUGAUGCUGACUUUGACAGUGAUGAUGAUAUUGUUGGAGAAGCUGUAUAUGAUGAAGAGUAUCUCAAGAAGCGUAAGCAGAGAAGGAAGCUUUCUAGUAGCUCCGAAGGAGAUGAAGAAUAUCAGUGGGAUGAAGAUAAUGUUGAAGAGGAAGAAGAGGAAGAGGAAGAGGAAGAAGAAGAAGAUGAUGAUGACGAUGAAGAUUCCUUGAGUAUCAGCGAGGACAGUGACAAACCCCGUAAGUUCAAGGCAUUGCGAGGCCGUACUACGAGGGAUUCUAAACGCAGGCCUGUCAAUGAUUUUCAAUCAGGUCUAAGGCGCAGUAAGAGGUCAACCCGAAACCGUGUAAAUUACCGACAAUACGAGGCGUCUGAAUCAGAACAAGAGUUUAUUAAACCUGAAAAGUCUAAUACAUCAGCUGAUCACUCAGAUCCCAGUGAGAAUGGGGAAUAUAUGAUGGAAAGUGAAGAUUCCGACCGGAAUGAUGAUGAAGACCAGGAAAUGAAAGUAGAAGAGCAGCCUGCUACUUAUCCCAUAGUAGAAGAGAAUGAACAAAAUGCACCUCCCGAAAAGUCAAGUAGUCCUGGUCAGGAGGAAGUUGAGAGCAUCGGAAAGCACCAUUUCCUUGAUUUGAACGAGCUCGCCCCUAGCUCGGGUUUCGAUGAUGGUCCAAAUACAAUAAUGAAAGAUGAAGACAAUGAAUGACCAC